UAAAAAGCUCGGGCUUGUGAUCAAAGACGCCUUCUUUGUUGAGUUUCAUCGCGUCCUGGACGUCUAAGACACCAAACAGCUUCCCUGGUUUAAAUCCAGCUGGAUGGAACAAGAGCUGCUGCUGCCGCAGUGAGUAGAAAAAGUCCCUGAAUGAGCAGGAGGUAUUUUACACCCUUCGCCUCCGUCGAUAUGUUUGAAUAAUGAGGAAGAAGAGCAUAUCGCUACAGGGCUUUCUGCUGCAUGUUGAACAACAAAGGAAUGUGGUUUCCUGCAGUGUGUGUACCUGUAUAUGUGAAUGUAGUCACUUUUAACAGCUUUGUGCCCCUGGGUAAAACAUGAAACCACUGUACAUUUAAAAGUGGGCCUUAGAAGAAGAAACUAGAAGCUCCUCCGAAGACAUUUUUGGCCUGUACAGGUGUAAUUGUCAUUACCGUGAAUAAUUUCCUCCUCCGGUGAAUAUGGCACUGUCCAGCAGUCCAACUCCAGUGUUGAUUGGAGACUCCAGCCUUGGAGUCUGGGAGGUGAUUGGCUCCGGGGGGUUCGGACAAAUCUACAAAGCCAGGCAUCAGCAAUGGUGCUGCGAUGUGGCCAUUAAGCUGCUUCAUUAUGACGAUGGGAGCAGUUCCUCUUUGCUGCGCGAAGUCAACAUGAUGCGUCUAGGCAGCUGCCCAUAUGUUAUUCAGGUCCUCGGGGUCUUCAAGGGUCGACUGCCAAACUCUGGACCUUCGGCACAGCUCGGUCUGGUCAUGGAGUUCAUGGAGAGAGGAUCGCUGGCCACUCUACAGGACACCUUACGUGGAACUCCACCAUGGCCACUGGUCUUCAGACUGGCUCACCAGGUGGCUCUGGGAAUAAACUUCCUCCACAGCCUCUCCCCUGCCCUGCUCCACCUGGACCUGAAGCCCAGCAACGUGCUACUGGACUCCUAUCUCAAUGCCAAGCUUACCGAUUUCGGCCUUGCCAAGUUUUAUCACAGCGUCACCCGAGUUUCCAAGAAGGACAGCGAAGAGGAAGGAGGGACGAUCAGCUACAUGCCACCAGAGGCUUUUGACGUAUCGUACAGCCCUACACGAGCCUCUGAUAUCUACAGCUACGGUAUACUCCUGUGGUCCAUUGUCACAGGGAAACAACCAUAUGCAAAUGCAAUGUCCAGCAUAGUGCGGUUCCGCAUCCCCCAGGGAGAUCGUCCGUCGCUAGAAGAGAUCAGGUGCCAGGCUGCUGGGCGCGCAGGGUUGACGGGACUGAUGGAGCUCAUGAAGAAAUGCUGGGAGGCAAGACCCAACCAAAGGCCCUCCUCCUUUGACUGUACAACUGUUACAGAGGAACUGUAUAAGAUGCACAAACAUUCCGUUCAUGAUGCCGUCCAUCAAGUGCUGAAGAAACUGGAGCAAAAGGAAGAAGACAGAAUAGCAGAACAGGUUCAGCGGGUUCAUAUUACUCAGGUUUCAGUGCAAACCAAAGCUGUGAACAUUUGUCAUAAUGUGCAAACAGGACGCCCACCAGUUCAGGAAAUGGCUGGCGGUUGGACUGCAAAUCAAAGAGACAAAGCAGCGACAGUCAAAGACCUGCCUACACAUGCAAACAUGUGGCACGUUGACCACGCCUGCUCACCAACACACCACGGUAAAGUGAACGUGUCCUCUGUUUAUCCCAUCGGUUCGUCACCACCGCCUCCUUCGGCCGGGAGGUCAGCUCAAGGCAGAGCAGCAGAGAAUCCCCAGAUGGAUUCUAGGGAAAACCUCUUUCCACCCUACCACCGUCAGUCCUCCAGCCCUGGCAGCUUCCCCUGCAGUCAGCCCGUCGCACGAAAGGUCUGCAUCCACCUGAGCAAUGUCACCGGAUUUCAGAGCGGCACCAACAACAUCAUGCACAUCUACGCCCCCGACCCCACAGAGAGGAAACGGCACCCGACAGCGCCAUCGUGUGUCAACCUCCCGCCGCCGCACGCAGGAAGCUGGAAGGACAAGACAGGAGGAGUGGGCUGAGUUCCCAUGGAGCUUUUCGAUUCUAAGUUCUCUAAUUUUCUCUUAUAGUUCUCUGUGUUUUCGUUUGUCCUGUCUUGCACAACAGGAAGAUCAUGGUAUUUUAGAGGAGCUCCCUGUAUGAAGACUUGGGAUUGUUUUUUCUUUAUAUUGUAAAACUCUUUUUCUGUGUUUGCUUUUCAAAUCUGAACAGGAUUCAGAUAGGGUUUCAGUUGCAUGCCGGCUUUUUAAAAUGAGUUUUUAAAACGGUCUUUAUUUAUUCUGCUUCUUUUGUUUGAAAAUGUUACACCGAUGAGCAAAACCUUCACACCUCCAUUUUGCCCUGUCAGCGGUACAUAUGUUGGGUUUUUUUUUUGGUUGUUUUUUGUUUUUUCACCAACUGUGGUCGACAAAUUUCUACAGUCGCAGCGCCAGCCCACCAUCAGGUGUGCCAAAUCCCCUCAACAACAGAUGGACUAUCAGUCAAACCAGUUUGAUAUGUAGUCUGACCUGUUCACAAACAGUGUUUGUUUUAGCAAAAAUGCCAGAUGCACAUGUGAAGAUUGACAGAAAUUUCUAAACUCUUCAAUACUUUCACCAUUUUCCUCAUGCUGGAAACCCCCCCCCCCCAUACUGUGUAUAUAUAUAUAAGUGCGUUUUUGGACAGUGUAAAGUUUUUUGUACUUGCAUUGAUUUGGGUUCCUUUUGAUAAUUAGGCGUCUUUCUUUACAAACUCAUGAGGUGCAGCCAAGAAACUUGAUUAUACUUUUUUAAUCGUUACUUUUGUAAACUUUUUUUUUUAAACAUGCAUUUUUAUUAAAAAUGUAUUUUCUAAGACUAUCAAACGCAGGGUUGACAUUCAGUAUUAGGCGGUUGAUGAAAUGAUGCCACCACAAAAAGUUGACAUGUUGAAUCUGAAUACUUCACUCAGUAGAAGCAUGACGUAGCUUCAAUGAAGUUUGCAGUAUAAAAAAACCAAAAUGCUUUAUCUUAAAGAAUAAGUCUGGUGUUACUCUGUAUUUUUCCUAUCAUCAGCAAAUCUCAGGAAAAAAGACUAAACAACAAUGAUCUGAUCUCCCUAAAAAAGUACAUGUCUGUUUAAGACCAUAAAAAAACACACAGUGUCAUCAGACUUGUCCUCUGACUCUGAAGGUACUUUAGUGGAGAUAAAAGGGAAACAUUAAGAAACCUGGUGAUUGUAGCUGUUAAAGAAAAAUACAGUUUACUAUGAUUCUGUUAAUGUAAUAAAUUCUACAUUUGUACUCAAA